AUGAAAGAAAUUGUUACUAUUCAAGUUGGUGAUUAUGCCAAUUAUAUUGGCUCUCACUUCUGGAACUUUCAGGAUGAGUUGAUUGGGUUGGCUGGGGAUCCUCAAGCUGAUUCAGUCUUCAAAAAUCAGGAUCUUAACAUGGAUGUGCUUUAUCGUACUGGUGAGACACAUCAGGGCAUCGAUACAUACACUCCUCGCGUAGUCUCAAUAAACAUGAGAGGAUCCCUUGGAUCUAUGAGUUCACGUGGUACGCUAUAUAAGGAGGUUGCUCCGACAACAUCAGAUGUUUUCACUUGGACUGGUAGUGUUUCAACCCAAGCCUCUGAACCUCGGAAAAAAAAUUUGUUUCUACAAAGUCUUUAUGAAGAGGAAAACCAAAAUAUGGUAAAUGAGACAAAUAUUUCAAACAGUGGUUCUGCAAGUGAGUAUCAGGAUAAGGAUAUAACUGAGAGUCUAGAAAAUGGAGUUCAGUUUUGGACAGAUUACUCAAAAGUACAUUUCCAUCCCCAAAGUCUAUAUGAAUUAAAUGGAGUUUGGAAGGAUGUUGAGGAAUUUGACAAUUAUGGAAUAGGAAGGGAUUCUUUUUCUUGGGCUUCCCAAGGGGAAGAAAUUAGUGAUAGGCUUCGUUAUUUUGUUGAAGAAUGUGACCAUGUACAGGGAUUUCAAUUUAUAGUUGAUGACUCUGGAGGUUUCUCUUCUGUGGGUGCUGAGUUUCUAGAAAACAUUGUGGAUGAGUAUACAAACACUCCUGUCCUCCUGUAUGCUGCCCGUGGUUCUGGUUCACGAGCAAGUCUUCAGACUAGGAAGCGUACAAUCUUAGAGGAGCUUCAUGAUGCUAUAUCAUUUUCAAGACUAUCCUCCUACUGUAAACUAAUGGUACCUGUUGGUCUGCCCUCAUUAGGUAACUGUAGAGCUUCCAAGUUCCUCCACAUUGAAGAUGAGAAGCAUUACCACUCAAGUGCCGUUUAUGCUGCUGCACUGCACUCCAUUAGUCUUCCAUUCCGAAUGUUACCAGUUGGGCCUAAUGCUGAUGCAUGUUCUGUUUCUGGGGCUGUGGAUUUUCAUGGACUUAUUCAAAUGUUAUCAGGGCAAGGAAGGCAGAGUAUGGUGUCAAUUCUGGAUGUUUCCAUGCCAACACCUGCUUUAACUGGGGGACAGAAUGAAGUGUCUUUGUUAGAAAAUUUUCAGCCGUUGACCCCAAUGAUUUCUGAGGAUGGUGAAGACAUACAGGCAAUUGAACACUGGACAGUACAUGGAGCUUUUGCAUCAGAAGGUCGUCGCGCUUCAGUUUGUGAAGUAAAAGAUUCAGUGGAUGCUGCUUUUGAGUGUGCCAAUACAAGGCCAAUGUUCUGCCAUCUAUCUGUUGCUCUUUGUCCUCUGCCCAUUCCCUUGCCUUUUCCAUCAAUCUUUGGAAAUCAAGUGGGCAAGCACGGUGAAAUGAUUAGCAGCCAACUGACUAAUUCUUCAUCAAAAGGAUCCCUUGACGUCCAUUCCAUUCCCAUGGCUGCCAGAUUACGUUCCAGCAGCGCUGUCUUACCACUUCUGGAGAAUAAACUGCAAAAUCUUCACCGGUAUGGACUUACGCGAGGAGCAGCAGGGGCAGAGUUACUUAGGAGUUGGGGGUUUGAAAAAGAAGAACUCGUAGAAAUGCAGGAGAUGUUGUCUAAAAUGGUUGCUACAUUGAGUCCUCCUCAAUUAUCAUCUGAUUCAGAUUAG